CCAGAGCGCGACGUUACCAUGAGCCUCCCCGCUCCGCCGGCAGAGACUCCACGCUCAGAGAGUGCCCACCUGACGAGAGCAGCGCGACACACACAGCCGCACGAUGCACGGCGGAAAGAGAGGGCUGGUGGCACCGCAAAACACUUUCCUGGAGAAUAUCGUCAGGCGCUCGAGUGAGACAAGUUUCUUGCUGGGGAACGCUCAGAUUGUGGACUGGCCUGUAGUUUAUAGUAAUGACGGCUUCUGCAAGCUGUCUGGAUACCACAGAGCAGAGGUCAUGCAGAAAAGCAGCACGUGCAGUUUUAUGUAUGGGGAGCUGACAGACAAGAAGACCAUAGAAAAGGUGAGACAGGCCUUUGACAACUAUGAGUCCAACUGCUUUGAAGUGCUGCUGUACAGAAAGAACAGAACUCCAGUGUGGUUCUACAUGCAGAUUGCACCGAUCCGAAAUGAAAAUGACAAAGUGGUUUUGUUCCUGUGUACAUUUAAGGACAUCACUGUCUUUAAACAGCCUAUUGAAGAUGAAAGUACCAGGGGUUGGACCAAGUUUGCACGUUUGACUCGAGCGUUGACGAACAGCAAAAGCACCAAUCAGCAACUCACGCCCAUGAGCAGAACCGACAUCACUUCACACAAACAGUCCAGACUCGCAGAGGUGCUUCAGCUCGGCUCUGACAUUCUUCCGCAGUAUAAGCAGGAAGCCCCUAAGACCCCGCCUCACAUCAUCUUACACUACUGCACCUUUAAGACCACCUGGGACUGGGUCAUCCUCAUCCUGACCUUCUACACCGCCAUCAUGGUUCCUUACAACGUCUCCUUCAAGACCAAACAGAAUAAUGUCACCUGGCUGGUUCUGGACAGCGUUGUGGACGUCAUAUUCCUUGUGGACAUCGUGCUCAACUUCCACACCACGUUUGUCGGGCCUGGAGGGGAGGUGAUCUCGGAUCCGAAGCUGAUCAGGAUGAACUACCUGAAGACUUGGUUCGUAAUAGACCUGCUGUCCUGUCUGCCCUAUGACAUCAUCAACGCUUUCGAAAACGUGGAUGAGGGCAUCAGCAGCUUGUUCAGUUCUCUGAAGGUGGUUCGACUGCUUCGAUUGGGUCGUGUUGCGCGUAAACUGGACCACUAUCUGGAGUACGGUGCAGCUGUGCUCGUGUUACUGGUCUGUGUGUUUGGAUUGGUUGCCCACUGGCUUGCCUGCAUAUGGUACAGCAUUGGAGAUUACGAGGUCAUUGAUGAACAAACCAACACCAUCAAGACUGACAGCUGGCUCUACCAGUUAGCCACCAGCAUUGGAUCCCCGUACCGGUACAAUGCCAGUGGGACUGGCCAAUGGGAGGGUGGCCCUGGGAAAGACUCUCUGUAUAUAACGUCACUAUAUUUCACCAUGACCAGCCUGACCACUAUUGGCUUCGGAAAUAUCGCGCCAACUACAGACGGAGAGAAGAUCUUCUCUGUGGCCAUGAUGAUGGUCGGAUCUCUCCUUUAUGCCACUAUCUUCGGUAAUGUGACGACCAUUUUCCAGCAGAUGUAUGCAAACACCAACCGUUACCAUGAAAUUCUGAAUAACGUGCGGGAUUUCCUCAAGCUCUACCAGGUGCCCAAAGGCCUCAGUGAGAGAGUGAUGGACUACAUCGUCUCCACGUGGUCCAUGUCCAAAGGCAUCGACACAGAGAAGGUGCUCUCCAUCUGCCCCAAGGACAUGCGGGCAGACAUCUGCGUGCACCUGAACAGGAAGGUGUUCAACGAGCAUCCAGCGUUCCGAUUGGCCAGUGAUGGAUGCUUGCGCUCAUUGGCCGUGGAGUUCCAGAUGAUACACUCCGCCCCCGGUGACCUCAUCUUUCAUGCGGGUGAAAUCGUGGACCUGCUCUGCUUCGUUGUGUCAGGGUCACUGGAGGUCAUCCAGGAUGACGAGGUCAUCGCUAUACUGGGGAAGGACAGUCAGGUCAGCCACCGCUGGCUCUUGUUUAGACACAGUGAGAUGCUAAAGUCCUUUGAGGUGAAUUUUAUAUUUCGUAAAAUCAUCGAUGUGAAGAAGGAGGAAGAAGAGAGGCAGCGCUCAAAGAAUGAGGUUCCACUCACCAUUCCUGUGGACCACCCGGUCCGAAAACUUUUCCAGAAGUUUAAACAGCAGAAAGAGCUCCGUAACCAGGGCGCUUCGGCCCAACUGGACCUAGAGAAGAAUAAGCAGCAUCUACAGCAGCCCACACGCAUGGCGAAACCUCACGCCUCCCUCAUGCAGAACUCAUUGCACGCAGUUCAGAACGGGUCCACCAGCAGCGUGGUCACCAUCUCCCAAAUCACACCCAUCCAGAACUGCCUGGCCUACCCUAAAGUGGGCGACUCAGUCAAGCAGAACAACCGCGACAUCAUGGAACUCAAACCUGCCGUGGCCAGUGGUGACCAAGUCGCAAAUCGACUCAAAGUGAAUAACACAGCGCGGACCAAACCCGCAGGAACUGCCUGUGGCUGGAUGAGACUGAAAAACAACAUGGCUGCCCCUGGUUCACCUCCAGAAGAUGAGAGGAGGGAGGGAUUGAACAAUGCGGCUAAAGCUGUGUCCAUGGAGCACAUUUCACCAGAAGUCAAAGUUCAGAUAGAAAGUGUUGAGGAGGUUGGAACAUCCAGGAAGAAUUCGCUUCGCAAAACGGACUCUUGGGAUAGUGGCUUGACUUACAGCGACCAGAGACUGGAUAGGGUUUCAGAACCACAGAGCCCUGUUCCUGGAGUCGGUGGUGGAGAAGGACCAGCCCAGGAUUUUUACCCCAGUAGCGAGAGCUCAUUCCAGGCCGCACUGCAGGAGGCAAGGCUGGAGCUGCGGACAGAGAUCCAAGCUCUGAACGGAAGGAUGGCAGUUUUAGAAGAACGGGCUGGACAGAUUCUCAGACUGCUUCUAGAGACUUCAAAGCCCACGUCUAGCGAAGACCCAACCUCAAAAAUGCACAGACCCAAACUCAAAGCACAAGGCAGCAUCCCAGUGUCCACACUCAGUACGCCAGACUCUGAAAAGGAUGAGGGUUUGCCAUAG